AGUGAAUAAUGAUGUAAGAGUAGAAAUAAAACAGAGUAUGUGUUCCAACAUAGAGUGCAAUGUAGGAGUAAAUCUAAUAUGUAAUAGAAUAAUAAUAAAAGGUAACUUGUGGUGGAGAUAGUACAUUUUGUAUAACAAUGUAAAGGAAAGUGUAUAUGUGGGGUUAAGGGAUAUAGAUGGCAUAAUAAUUAGAAUUAGAGGAGAUUGAAUAGAUAGCAGCAUCAAAGGAACAUUGGUUUGCAUGGUCAGAGACAUAGGUUUUUGGAUGGUAAUUAGAAAUAGAGAAUAUUAGUGGUUCAAAUAAAUAAGGAAAAUUGGGAAUGAAUAAUUCAGUUAAUACACCAACAUUAUUUGACAUAUUUAGUGAAGCAUCUUAAUAUGGAUGGUAACUGUAGAAGAUAGCAGUUGGAUUAGAUCAUAGUGUAGCAUUAAUAGAAGUAGAAGAUGAAAAUAAGAUAUUUGUAUGGGGUUCGAAUGCAUAUUAAUAAUUGGGUUUUGAUGCUUCAGAACAAUUUGUUGCAAUACCUCAUUAAUUAGAUUUAGAUAAUCUUCCUAGAAUUAUUGAUAUAUAUGCUUAACAUAAUUAUACUAUGGCAAUAGAUGAGGAAGGUCGUCUAUUUUCAUGGGGUAGUAAUGAAUUUGGUCGACUUGGAUAAAAUGCAUUUGCUAAAUAUAUGAAAUUACCAUCUCCAAUAACAUCUCUUGGAAAUGUAAAGAUACUAAAAUUGGCAUUAGGAACAUUUCAUGUAUUAGCUAUUGAUACUUAAGGAAAUGUUCAUUCAUGGGGUAGAGGAUUAUAAGGAUAAUUAGGACAUGGUAAUACUAAUGAUUGUAGUAAACCUAAUCAUAUAACAUCAUUAUCAAAUAUUAGGGAUGUUGCUUGUGGUGAAGCUCAUAGUAUGGCUUUAUAAAAUAAUGGAUAAAUCUAUGUAUUUGGAUCAGCAUAAUUUGGAUAAUUAGGAUUAGGAGAUUAUAAAUAAUAAGAUACACCAUAGAUAUUAUAAAUUCAUGGAGAAAUGAUUGCUUGCGGUAGACAUCACUCAGCUGUACUUAUUAAAAAUGGAGCUUUGUUUAUGUUUGGAAACAAUGAUCAAAAUCAAUUAGGAUUAGAAUGUGCCAAGAGUGGAGCUUAUUCAACUCCUUUGCCAAAAUCAAGUCCUAUGAAUGUAAUACAGCACCUAUCAAAUUUAGAUAGACCAAUCAAAUCUUUGAGCUGACUGACGAAUUCAUGAAUAAAAUUGAAGCUUGUGAUACUCAAGAUCUUGAUCAAGUAAUCCUUAUCUUUUUUAUCUAGUUAUUAAUUCAAUAUUAGUAAAAUACACAAUAAAUACCUAAUACAUAAACAACUAUUUUUAUCAAAGAUUUGAUGGAACGAGUUAUUGCACUCCUUAAGAAGAAAUGAC